CUUCCCAUCAGAUUUCAGUGGUGACGUCGCGAGACUUCGAGAAGCUGGGUCUAGGCGUGGGCUUGUGCGCUUGCGUAUGGGGGAGAGAAAGCGACAGAGCGCGCACGCACAUGCGUGUUCUCGCGGUAUUUGGAGAAACAGGAGCAGGUAGAGAGGAGUUGGGGGAAGGAACCCCCGAGCGAUAGCAAAGGAAGCCACGGCAUCAGCGGCGAGGAGGAAGACGGCGACGACUUUUUCCUAUUAUCGCGAGAGUUGGUGGUUCACCGUCCCCACCUCCUCACUUCCCUACCUUCCUCUCCUUCACCCCUCCCCCCCGCCCGAUCUGGAAGCGGCGCCGUUUCGCUCUGGGAAGUAAGAGGGGGAUGGGGAGCCCGGCUUGGGAGCCCUGCUAGAGAGACUGGCCAAGGAGGGACAACUCCUUCCGCAGGGGCUCAUUGGCCCUAGCUAAGGGCCCCCCGUGAGGGGGUGGUUCCUCAGAGAACCAGGCCUCGCGGCGGUGGGAGGUCUGUGGAGAUCCCCUUUCCUUCCCCCAGGAACCUAAAUAUUGUGUGUGGGGGGGUCUCGAAUUAAAUCCACUCUCCCUUCUCUAGAAAUUUGGGGUGCUGGGUUCGUGGGGAGGGGGACCCCUUUCCCAGGGGAUUCACUGCUUAGAAAGGAAAGGGGCUACUAUUGGGGGGUCACCUUAGAAAAUUGGAAGUGAGUGGGGUCUCUGUCCAGUAAAAAAGCUUUUUUCUUUUAAACUGGAGGGCUUCAACUCCCUUACCCAUUUCUAAAAUUCAAUACCUAGGAGUACUUCAGUACCCUAAGCCUAUUCUCUUAGGGUAUUCAUAUUCUGAAGUCAGAAGUUAACAGAAGCCUAGGAUCAAAGUAAGGGUGGGUGCUGUCUCAAGAUCUUAACUGCCCAUUCUUUCCAUCCCACCCUUGAAGCCUGGUAGUAAGGUAUAUUCUGGCCAGAGUCCCUUAUCACCUAUCCAGAGAGUCUAGGAGAGCUGAGUUCUACAUCUGUUGCUAAGACAACUUAGUAAGAGCCCAAACAGUUGCUUGUAAUAUUCUAAACUGCUUGUAGGCCCAAACUCUUGCAAGGUAUCCAAAGUUCACCCACAUGUAGAAGAGAGAAAAGUAGGUUGAAUGUAGGAGAAAGGUAACAAAAGGGAGAGCAGCCCUUCCAUUUUAGGAGGGGGGCUUGAGAACUAGUUUGGGGGUUUUGGAGGAUUCCCCCCUCUUUUCAAGCAAAGUGGAGAAGGAAUGCCAAACCCCGAGAGACAUGGGGGCAAGAAGGAUGCGGGAGGAGGGGGGUCCUUGCAUCAAGAGGCAGUGUCAAGCAGUGGGAGCUCAAACAGCAAAGAGAGGCACCGGCUAUCCAAGCACAAAAGACACAAAUCCAGGCAUUCCAAAGACUCACCGUCGGGGGCCCAAGAAACAGCAGCACCACUGGGAAGCAUGAUCAAGCCACUGGUGGAGUACGAUGAUAUCAGCUCUGACUCUGACACCUUCUCGGAUGAAGCAGUCCUCAAGCUAGAACGCAGGGAUAAUGAUGAGAGGAAAGGGACAUCGGAAAGGAGUGACAGACUACACAGGCAUCACCAUCACAUGCACAAGCGCACCCGUGAGCUGAUGAAAAGCAAGCAGGUGGAAAAGGAGAAGAGGCUGGACAGGAACCAAGAGUCCUCAAGCAAGUUGAGUUCCACUAAGGACAGGGUUUUGGGAGCCUCCAAAAGGCUACAUGAGGACAAUGAUGACCAUUCAUCUAAGUCAUCCAAGAGCAGUAGCAAGGAGUCUCGGUCAGCCAAAUCACACAAGGAGAAGUCCAGGAAAGAGCGAGAGGCAAAAUCUGGACACAAAGAGCGCAGCAAAAGCCAUCGGAAAAGGGAUGCCCCCAAAAGCUACAAGUCACUGGAUAGUCCAAAGCGGAAAUCUAGAAGCCCCCACCGCAAGUGGUCUGACAGUCCCAAACAAGAUGACAGCCCCUCAGGAGCAUCCUACACCCAGGACUACGACCUCAGCCCUCCACGCUCUCACACAUCCAGUAACUAUGAUUCCUACAAGAAGAGUCCCAGUGGAUCGUCACGAAGGCCAUCAGUCAGCCCACCAUACAAGGAACCUGCUGCAUACCAGUCCAACAUGCGCUCACCCAGUCCUUAUAGCAGACGACAGCGGUCAGUCAGUCCGUACAACAGGAGACGUUCAUCCAGCUAUGACAGGGGAAGUGGGUCAUACAGUGGAAGGUCCCCCAGCCCAUUCAACCGGAGGCGCUCUAGCAGUCCUUUUGUCUCCAAGCGGUCAUUGAGUCGAAGUCCUGUGUCCAGGAAGCCUGUGAAGUCUCGAAGCAGAAGUCCUGCGUAUUCGAGGCACUCUUCAUCUCAUAACAAAAAGCAGAGAUCCGGGUCCCGCAGUCGCCAUUCCAGUAUCUCGCCUGCUCGGCUGCCAUUGAACUCCAGCCUGGGAGCUGAGCUGAGUAGGAAAAAAAAGGAGAGGGCUGCAGCAGCAGCUGCAGCAGCAAAGGUUGAUGGGAAGGAGACCAAGGAUUCUCCCAGUUUUUUGUCUAGGAAAGAAAACAGCUUGGCUGAAGUUAAAGAGCUGGUGGUGGAGGCCAAGAAGGCGAAAACAGUUAAGCCAGAGAAGUGCCCUUCCGACGUAGAGCCGAUGAAUGUCCUACAGCACAAUGCAGAGACAAAAACGACUCCUGAGCCUGUAAAAACAAAGGCAGUAGAGAACUCUGAGAAGAAACUGCCUGCUCCAGUUAAAGACUCAAAAGCAAUGGGAACAAAAGAUGUGAAACCUGUUGUAGUAAAGGAGGAAACUGUGACCCCAAAGGAAACAGAGACAGCUGAGAAGGAGGUCCCGCCUCCUUUGCCUUCUGCUAAGUCACUACCUCCUCUGCCAACAUCAUCACCCCCUCCCCAAGCUCCUCCUCCAUUGCCCCCUUUACCUCCCUCACCAGUUGUUCCCCCUCUGCCACCUGCCCAGUCGCCCACCAUUCACAUCCCUGCUUCCGUUUCGUCGUGUCUGCCAUCUUCUGCCCACUCCAGGACAUCUCUGACUAUUCAGGCAAACUCUCAAUCCUUCAUACAGUCCUCCUUAAAGGCACAUGUCUCGGUGACAGCGGCUGUCCCACAUCUGAAGACGUCAACAUUGCCUCCGCUCCCUUUCCCACCUAUCCUGCCUGGAGAAGAUGACUUAGAUAGUCCGAAGGAGAUUGUUCCUCCAAAACCUGUGAAGAAGGAAAAGGAGCAGAGACCACGGCACUUGCUCACGGACCUCCCACUCCCGCCAGAGCUUCCUGGUGGAGACCCUUCACCUCCAGAGUCUCCAGAACCAAAGGCAGCCACGCCACCUCAGCAACCGCUGAGAAAGAGACCAAAAAUCUGUUGUCCUCGUUAUGGUGAGAGGAGACAGACAGAAAGUGACUGGGGAAAGCGCUGCGUGGACAAAUUUGACAUCAUUGGAAUUAUCGGUGAGGGGACGUAUGGGCAAGUGUACAAAGCCAAGGAUAAGGACACAGGUGAAUUGGUGGCUUUGAAGAAAGUGCGGCUGGACAAUGAAAAGGAGGGCUUUCCUAUCACAGCCAUCCGUGAAAUCAAGAUCCUCCGGCAGCUGAUUCACCGCAGUGUUGUCAACAUGAAGGAAAUAGUCACAGACAAGCAAGAUGCACUGGAUUUCAAGAAAGACAAAGGUGCCUUUUACCUUGUAUUUGAAUAUAUGGACCACGACCUUAUGGGAUUGCUAGAAUCUGGAUUGGUGCGUUUCUCAGAGGACCACAUAAAGUCUUUUAUGAAGCAGUUGAUGGAGGGGUUGGACUACUGUCACAAAAAGAACUUUCUCCAUCGCGAUAUCAAAUGCUCCAACAUCUUAUUAAAUAAUAGUGGGCAGAUCAAGCUAGCAGACUUUGGACUUGCCCGGCUCUACAGCUCGGAAGAAAGCCGUCCAUACACCAAUAAGGUCAUUACGUUAUGGUAUCGACCACCCGAGUUGCUGCUAGGCGAGGAGCGUUACACACCAGCCAUAGAUGUCUGGAGCUGCGGAUGCAUCCUUGGCGAACUAUUUACAAAGAAGCCUAUUUUUCAAGCCAAUCUUGAGUUGUCCCAGCUUGAAUUAAUCAGUCGACUCUGUGGGAGCCCAUGUCCAGCUGUGUGGCCAGAUGUAAUCAAACUACCCUAUUUCAAUACAAUGAAACCCAAGAAGCAAUACCGAAGGCGCCUACGGGAAGAGUUUUCCUUCAUUCCUUCUGCUGCUCUUGACCUGCUGGACCACAUGCUGACGCUGGACCCCAGCAAACGAUGCACAGCAGAGCAAGCCUUGCAGAGUGACUUUCUGAAGGAUGUUGAUGUCAGCAAGAUGGAUCCUCCGGAUCUCCCUCACUGGCAAGAUUGUCAUGAACUGUGGAGCAAGAAACGUCGGCGGCAACGGCAGAGUGGGAUCCAGGUGGAGGAGCCUCCUUUAGCAAAGGUUUCCAGGAAGGAGACAGCCUCUGUAACGAACACAGACACCAUCAAGAAUCACAGCAGUCCAGCACACCCAGAGCCUGCCCAGAUCAAAAUGCAGCCAAGUGCCGGAGACUCAUUUGAUGGUCACCUUGAUAAUGCAUCACCACCCAGGACUGUCAACUGCUUGAUCACGGACCUUUUAACCAAUCAACUUGAUUUAAAUACAUUUGUGUAUUACCAAAACGCAUCUUUAUUGAGGAAAUGCAAGAGAGUUUGUUUAAAUUCAGGCCUCGGUGACAUCACGCAGCAGCUGAAUCAGAGUGAGCUGGCAGUCUUGUUGAACUUGUUGCAGAGCCAGACGGACCUCAGUGUCCCACAGAUGGCUCAGCUUCUCAACAUCCAUGCGAACCCAGAGAUGCAGCAACAGCUGGAGGCUCUCAAUCAGUCCAUCAAUGCUCUUAAUGAAGCCACCACCACCACUCAGCCGGAUUCUCAGAAGGCUCCUGAAGAGGAGGUCGCUGUUGAGGAUCCACCCCUGGCCCAGCCCUCUGAUGAGCAAGCCACCCCGGAAGCGGCCAGCACUCAGGGAGACAUGCAGAGCGUCUUGGCAGUUUUGCUGAGCCAGCUGAUUAAGAGCCAGGAGCCUGCAGCAAGUGUGGAGGAGAACAAUAGUGAGAAGACCAGUGAGCCACAGGGGCCACGGAAAUCCCCCACUUUGACUCAGGAGGAAACUGCAGCCUGUCCUCAAAUUCUCCCACCAGAGAAGAGACCCCCUGAGCCUCCUGGACCACCGCCGCCACCACCACUGCCGCCUAGUCUGUCUGAGGAGAACAUCUCUAAUGCAGCUCAGGAGUUGAACCCGGCUGUGACAGCCGCCCUCCUCCACCUUUUAUCCCAGCAAGAGGCAGGGCCAACGAGCCAGCCAAAGCACGAACCCCAAGCUGUGAGGCCCUCCUCAGAUUACGCCAGGUCACAACCCUCAUCCAGGACUUAUGGCACUGAUGGGCCUGAGGGCAGCAGCUUCGAUAUCGACGAACGGAAUUCCAGCCAGACUUUAACGGAGACAUCACCCCAGACCUUGGGGAAAAGUAGGACCUUUCUGGGCUCCACAAGUCACCUGGGGGAGUCAAGCAACUACCAGGGCUCAGGAUCGGUUCAGUUCCCAGGGGAUCAGGACCUCCGUUUCACCCGAGUCCCCUUAGGGAUACAUUCUGCUGUGGGGCAGUCCUUCAUCAAAACCGAAGGGAGCAACAACACUCUGGGAAACCCAGAGGCCAAAAUUCACAACUACAGUGAUGUGGGAGUGGCAAACGCUAGUUCUAGUGACACAGGAACAAGUCACACGUGGGGGAACCCGGUCCAAUCCACUGCUUAUGGAAAACCCUUUCGUGGGCCAAGUAGAGUGCCUCCAAGAGGGGGAAGAGGAAGAGGGGUACCUUACUAAAAUGACUGGAGAGGGGAAGGAAUUAGGGGCUGUGUUUUUUCUCCUUGGUGGUGUUUCAUCCUCCUCUUACCCUCUUGACUCUUUACUUUUAAAGCAAGACAGAUUGUUAGGGCAAGGUUAUGCCCAUGUCCAACCACCACAAAAAAUGGUUUAUUGAUAAUUUCCCCCUUCUUGUUCUCGAGGCUGCUGCUGUCCCUUCCUCUUCCCCGCCCCCCGGUGGCUUUAUAAUGAAGUCCCUAAGCCCGCUCUUGACACCUAUCCAUACCCAAAGACCUUCUGAUUUGGGUUUGAUCUGGUGAGUUUUCCCACUUAAAGAUGGGAGGGGGGUGAGAAGAGGGAAGGAAAUAAUCCUUUAAAAACAAAUAAAGAAAUUGGAAAUAUGAAUGGAAUGCAUUUGCUAGCUUGGAACUAUUAUUUCUGAGAGCGAGCCCACAGAAGGUCUGGAUGAAGUGAAUCGGUGACCUGUUCUAUACAUGUUGUGGAGUGAGGUGGCAGAAUGGGAUGUACCACUUUGAAAUGGCAAGUGGGGAAAUAGAACCCCUAAUGUAGUUAGAAAAACAAAACUUCUCUGUACACAGAAAACAGCGCAUCAAGAAGAGAGGUUGUAGCCGAGCCCUCUCCCUGCUGUCCGAAUCUUCUCUUUGGAGACAAAUUUUGUAUAUAUGGGGAGAGCUUUCCAAAAGUGCAAUUCCCCUCCCCGCCCCACUCUGCCAUCUGAAGUAGUACAGCCCAUUCUACCACCUCAUUCUGCUGCAUAUAUAGACCUUGCCUCAGUAUUGCAAAGGUGACGUGCGUUUUGUUUUCCGUUGCCUCCUUGGAUUUCAAGAUUUGUUAGACGGUGCCUACAUGCCCUUUAUACUGAAUUAAGAGAACUUGGUUUAUGUUACAUAAGACUUGGGAAAUUGUCCCCCUGCCCACUUCAGCGCAUCUUCUUCACAUGAAAAGACAGGACACUACAUUCUUUCAUGGGCAAAUUGUCCCCUGUUUUACUGUGAAAGGCCUUGUGCUGUCGUAUUCACCUUCCAAACCUUAGUUGAGCAGAGUUUCUGUAGUGUCCAUGAGUCUGUUGACUUCUGGAUGGGUUUAGUUUUUUUUUUUUUUUUUCUCUUUAAGAAUGGCGAGUGUCUUUUUUGUUGAAGUUCUUAAGGCCAAAGUAAAUGGCUGAAAUAAAAUAAAAACCAAAAAGUUUGUAAUCCUUAAAUUCUUCAGGGUGGAGGGAAUUUCAAGUUCAAAGUUGGGGAAAUCCAAACAAGUAAGAUUUUGUUGAACAAUCUUUCAAAGGUUAACAGGCAUUACUGUCUCUUGUGUGACUUCUCUAUUCACAAUGUUAAGGAAGGUUUUGUGGCUUUCCUCACUGAUACUGCAAUGAAGAUUUUUUUAAAGUUCCUUUGGCAGCUCCACCCGUUCAGAUUAAUUUAUACAAAAUUUCCUACAAUUUUCUUUAGAGUGUGUGUGCUUGCGCGUAUGUGCGUUAGAAUUAGAAUUUGUGUCCUGAACAGAGAAGAUAAAAUGCAAAAACUUGAAAGAGUGGCUAAUUCUUUCCCAGUAAAACUUGUCAUUUUUAAAAAAUCUUUUUUUGAAUUGGCUCUGUUUAAAGGGAGAAAUAUAUCAAAUUGGUGGCAGGUGUGGUGCGUGUUCCGACUCUGGCUUCAGAUCAUUACAUAACACAAAUUGACUUUUAUUGUUUUUUAUAUUAUACAAAAGGGGGGAAAUGCCCAGCUGGGUAGCAUGUUGCUGCUGAGGGCAGGAGAAAGAAUAUGCCUUAUUUGCAUGGAUGAGAGAUACAGAGACUUGUGGGGUACAGACACAAUGAAACAACUCUUAGAAAGAGUUGUAUAGAGGAGGGGCCAAUCUGCCUCCCCUUGUAUAAAUAAAAAUACACUUCUGAUGAUUUCUGCAAAGUGUAGUAAGUGCAAAUUCAGAGUGUAAAUUUUGUGUGUAUUUUUUUUAAUCCAGUCACCAGUUCAUGCCUAACAUGGAAAAGAGGAAAAAAAGUAAGUACUGUACAUGCAAAGUAUGGUAAAUAAAAAGGAGAUACUUCUCCCAGGCAUUUAUUUAAA